AUGUUGGUCCAAUGCCAAGAAGAAGAUAAUCUCGAUGGUGAGAAAUGUAACGAUGUUAUACUGUACGACAUAAUUAAAAAGGCCUCCAAAACUACAGUAGACCCUACUGAAAUCCGUCAAACAGCAAUGAAGACAAUGGAAGAAGUGUUUCCACUUUCUAGAAGCAUGGGGUGUAUUUGUACCGAUCACAAGUUCCAAUUUCCCAACUUCACAAAUCAUCGAUAUUGUUCCGUUAAAGUUUCCACAUUCAGAUGCCAUGCUAUUGUAUUCUAG